AUGACCGGCGCUAUAUAUUCGAGCAGCAGUAGUGGACUGUGAACCGAAGCAGACAAAUGAUUGGAGGGGCACUGUAUUCUUUGUGAACAAUGCUGUGCCCCUCCAAUGCUUUGUCUCCUCCGGGUCACGGUCCGCCACUGUAUGGGAGGAAUAUAGGGGACAGGGAGAGAGAUUGAGAGAAGUAAAAAAAAAAAAAAAAAAAAGAUCUGCCUGUGCACCCGAGUGCCUAAGUUGUGUAUGUAGGCCCCGGCCUGAUGCCCGACCCUGACGGAUCAUACCACCAUACGUACCCAUAUGCAUAUACCAGCAGGGUAUGCCUCAACCCCGCCCACUUUGUUUGGCCCACUUUACGAUCGUUUAGCUAGGUGCGUCGCCGAAGCUCGGGAGUUGUUUCAAAGUUCAUGAAAAACCGUAUCUUGUGAUUUGUAUGAGCUUCGGCACUGCGAUCUUACUCAUGGCCGCUAGAAUGCCGCUUGACAUGGCGAAAAGAAGUCUCCAGCUUGCACUUCACUCGAGAGCGAUCAGACCUUUUUGGGACAGUCAUAUUGUAAAGAAAAAGUUCCACUGCGGUCUGGUGCACACCUCUGCCAUGGAUUCAAGCUCAUCUACUCAAAGGGAACACACAUUCCAGUAUGACGAGGACUUGCCUUCGCUGCCUGUUCCACCACUACAGCAAACCCUCCAUAAAUACCUACAAUCAGUAAAACCUUUCCUAACUGAAGAAGAGCUGCAGGAAACAGAGAGGAUUGUGGGAGAGUUUGGUCAUGGUGUCGGUAAAACACUUCAUGCAAAACUUGAGGAGAGAGCCAGUAAGACGAAAAAUUGGCUCGAGGAGUGGUGGGAGGAGAAGGCCUACCUGGAGACGCGCUUGCCUCUCGGGGUUCUUCAGAACCCUUCAGGACCCAUCCCCGCCCAGGGUUCCAUGUGGCCCCCUAGGGAGGGGUCCCAACUCGAGAGGGGGGCUAUCUGCCUCUGGUAUCUACUCAGCUUCUACCAACUUAUCAGAAAAGAGAUGAUCCCGGUGGAUAAGAACCGUGCAGGGACCCAGAUAUUCUCCAUGAACCAGUUACGAGGCUUGUUCCACAGUUGUCGAGAACCUGGACUGGAAAGGGACACCCUCUUUAGAAACUUCAAAACAGAACGAGAGGGACCUUGCCCAACACACGUCCAUGUGAUAUGUAAUGGUCAUAUCUUCAAGAUGACCGUCUUUGAUCGCAAUGGUCAGUUGCUGACAGCAUCAGAGAUAUUCAGGCAGAUGUCCUAUAUCAAGGAAUUGAGCAAGGAGAGGGGGCAAUGCAUUGGUGCUCUCACUGCGGAUGAUAGACCCACAUAUGCAAAGGCCUUCGAGCAUCUGGUAUCAUUAGACCCUGCCAACAGAGCUCACAUUGAGACGAUCAAGAGUAGUAUCGUAGGCUGUAUCAUAGACGAUGGUCACCCACAGACAAUGGCUCAGACCUGUGCACAUGGAAUAGCGGGACCAUCACCACACAACAGAUGGUUUGACAAGGGAUACUCCACAGUCAUGACUGCUAAUGGAUGUGCCUGCUCAAAUCUAGAUCAUGCUCCGUUCGAUGGGAUGGUGGUGGUAGUCUUAUCCAUGUUUAUUCAUCAGAAGAUGUUGAAGGAUGGUGGCGACAUGCCUGGCAAGCAUACUGUCAGACCUGACAUUGCCAUGCCGAUAGAGAUGAUCUUCACUGUCGAUCAGAAGGUUCAAGAUGACAUUCAACAUGCGACAGAGACAUAUCAUAAACUGGCUUCCAAUUUUGAUGUUCUAUGCAGUUCUUAUAAUCAGUUUGGCAAAGAUUUCAUGAAGAAACACAAGAUGCACCCCGAUGCAACGAUACAGCUGGCACUCCAACUUGCAUACUAUACAGCUACUGGGAAACCUGGAGCAGCAUAUGAAACGGCAACAACUCGUCAGUUCUAUCACGGACGAACAGACACAAUGAGAUCGUGUACCAUGGAGGCUAUUGAUUGGUGUAAAGCUAUGCUGGAUAGCAAGGCAGAGAGUUCACACCAGCUAUCUCUGUUGCGAAGAGCCCAUGACAAACACAAUUCCCUGAUGGCCGAAGCUGCCAGCGGUCAAGGAAUAGACCGUCAUCUUCUCGGCCUCUACAUUCUCUCUCAAGAGUUGGGAUUACCAGUACCCGACCUAUUCACUGAUAAAGCCUAUACUCUCAGUGGUGGAGGCGGUAAUUUUACCUUGUCGACCAGUACCCUUGGUUAUACACCUAUCCUUGGAUCUAUAGCGCCAAUGAGAAAUGAUGGAUAUAUGUGCUGCUAUAGGAUAGGAAAAGAUGAACUUCAGUUUACUGUAAGUGCCUUCAAGAACUGUGCCGAGACCGACACCCACCAAUUAUUCCGUGAAAUUACCUUGGCUCUGAAUAAGAUUGGAAACCUGCUCCUCAAUGCCAAACUUUAAUAUCAUCUUCAUCAUCUUUAUCAUCAUCAUAUCAUCAUCACCAUCUUCAUCACUGCCACCACCACCAUCUUCAUCAUAAUCACCAUCAUCAUCGGCAUCACUGUUAUGUUCACCAAUACCCACCUAUUUUAUGGUGAGGUCAUCUUAGCCAUCUCAGCUCUCAUCACAGAUUGGAAAGUUUAUUCCUUUCUGCAAAAUUCUUAAAGCGACAGCUGCGUCUGGUCCAGUAGUUAAGUAUAUCUCUGUUUUUCAAAUGAUCAAUGUAAGUGAUGUUACAAUUUCUACUUGGCCAAUGCCAAUCAAGUAAAGUCUUGCUCCCAAGGUAAACAGAUACCUUCAAACCAUGAUAAACAUUCAAUGCCUAAUUCUAUUAAAAGUCAAACCAGAACAACAUUAUCAGUAAUUUGAGAAAUUCUAAUAAAUAUUUGGACUGACAUUUUUUACUUUAUUCAAACAUUCUUGCAAUCGUAUUUGCUUUCUAAACCAACUUUGUGUACCCUUCAUAUUGAAAAAAAAAUGAAAAUCAAUAUUAUAUUGUUUUAAAUAAACAUGAAAUGAAAUACUCAAAAAAUUUGCUUUGCCCAAUUGAUCGUGGGCCCAGCAGCUGCUGAGCAGUGCCAGAUCGACAAGGCUCUAUCCCUUUAAUCGUUGACCGCCAAACAGGGUAGCAGCAACUCCCAUCUUUUAACGUCUUUUGGUCUGAUGCGGCCGGGUUUUGAACUCCUGACCUCCCGGUUGUGAGACAGAUGCUCUACCAACUGAGCCAAUGCACCAGUGUGGUAUUACUUAUAAAUAUACUAAACUAGACAAAAAACAAUGUUUUCCAAUAUGAAUACAAUACAAAUUAGAUGGAUGCACUUGAAAGUACACAAAAGAUAUGUGCUUUCAUCAGUAAUCCCUUCAUUCUUACAUUUGGUAAGGAUUUAAUUUUCAUGCUAAGCAUUUGGUGCGUUGAAUUAUGAUAUGAUGAUUGUGAAUAAUGUAGGUUCCCUUUGAAAUAAUUCCUUUUUGUAAGAUCUUAAGGUAUACUUGAACCAUCUUUGAUUAUAUGCUCCCCUUUGUUUUUUACCUUCUAAUUUUUUGUUUUCCUCUUCCUCUUCGUGAUGAUACCACCUUAUAUGCGCUAUGUAAGCAAUGUUUAUUAGUAUCAUUAAUAUGUGUACAAUUGUAAUUCUUGAAAUACCUCAUUACUUAAUGCUUAUCGAUCAACUCUCAGGUAUUUCAUUUUGUAUCAAUUUUGUCAUGAUUUUUCUGAAUAUUGAAACUGAAAUCGCUUUCUGGAAAAUUUUCAUAAAAGCCAGAAGCCAAGACAUGUGAUCUAUAUGUAUAGCUUUUUCAAAAGAUGUUGUUUUUUAUGAAUUUUGUGAAUACCUUGAAUUGCCUUUUACUUGUAAGUUAGAUGUACAGUGUAUCAGUAAAUAGCGAUGGAUAUUUUUCAUUUAGCCAAUAGUCAAGAUGUGAUGUUAUCUUUAGCUUUUUCAAAUGAUUUUUUUCAUGAAUUUAUUUUUGCCUUUUUGCCUUUUACGUGUAAGUUACAUAUAUCAGAUUAUUAAUUCUUUGGAAUAUAUAUGAAAGCAGUACUACACAUAUUAUGUAGUUGUGUUAGAAAUAUUAAUAGGUAUUAAAUGAAAAAAUAUGAAUACAUUUUUGUUAUUAACAUAUAAUUUUCAAAUUUCUGGACAUCAUGUGGUGCACCCUUCCCCUACACUCAACAUCAGGUAAAUAUCAGUGCAUGUAUAUUAAAAUAUUUUGUUUAACCAAUUAGGUACGAUAACCAGUUCAUCUCUGUACAAAGUCUAUUUGAAUUUGAAAAAUUCAGUAGUCACUGGGUUAAGUUAAUUUUUUCCUAAUGUAAUCAUGGUCUACAACAUUACCGAUAUCUUGUAAUUUUGUAAUUUAUCAUGAAAAGCAGAUUUCAGCCAUUCAAGACAAUGAAUAUUCAUUUUAUUGACAGUCCUAAAUGUAUUUGCUAAGUAAGUUCAUGUAAGCUCAUCUCUAAUUGUGUAUCUGUUAUGUGUCAUAACAAAAUCAAUUCUUGUUGAAUUAAAGUUGUCAAGGUAUUCAAUAUUUGAUAGCUGAAAUAAACACAGGGUUAAUUUAGUGGUACUUGUGCGUCGGUAUUAUGCAAAUGCUACUUAAUGUAAUAUUUCUAUUACAGUGCCGCAUAUUUCUUGUCUUUUCCCGGCUAAGUAAUCAAGUAAUGAAUGGUAGACUCUCUCUGCCUCACCAAACAAUUGCUUGCAACUUGCACAAAUUAAACAUUUUGAUGAAAAUGGCCCAGAAUAUUGUACCAAACUACACAGAGUAAGAUGUUUGUUUCAUGCUUUGUGGGUAAAGUACCGUUUUUGAUUAUCAAACAUCAAGUUCGAAUGCUUAGAGUAUAUUAUGUUCCUUUUUUUGUAUCCAUUUGCCAAUAUUUCUCGGAGAAAAAAAAUGCUGCAAUAACGUAUUGCAUUAACUGUUGAACAUUUCAUUGCAAGACUAAGCAUGAAAUAUAAUUUUACUUUUUUUUAAAGCACAGCAAGAUAUUUUAACAAAGACAUUAAGAGUUAUUGGUCAUUUAGAUGAAAUGUAUAGUGGAGAAUAUAUUCUGUGUUAGAUGACCAGUACAUACUUUCUUGUGUACAUGUACAACAAGUUAGAAAAUUAUCGCUUUUUAAAAUUUUUAAUCUGUAUCUGGUUUGUCAUAACCCCCCCCCCCCCCCUUCCCCUAAAAAAAAUCAAAUGAUCAAAUCAUUAUAGUUUAAAUGUUUAUUUAUGUGCAUUUUGUUAUCUUUUCUUUGGUAAAGAAAAAAAAUUACUGCUACCCCGGCCUUCCAUGUACUUGACACAGGGAGGUUAAGUUGUGCAAAUCCUCUGUAGUUUGUGGCUAUUUUAAAAUCUAUCCUUUCAUUGAUAUGUUUGUAUAUGAUGAGAUAUGAAUAUAUAUAUUUUUGAUAUUUUUCCAGUUAAUUUUCAUGGAAAUCAUAUGAAAUUAAUAAACCAAAUCUUCAAAAUGU